AUCAUUAUUUGUCAGGGAAGGAGGGCGGUCUGGAGAGGAGGGUUCUGUUGGUAAAGAACAGAUUUGAAUCAGAGCUCAAGAUCCAUUAAAGGGAGAAAUCCAGCAAAAGCAGCUGAAAUCCAGCUUGGAAAAGGGGUGGGAGGGGGGGGAAAGGAGAAAGAAGAAAUGAAUCGAUAAUUAAUUAAUUUAUUUAUUUAUUUAUUUAUUUUUUAAAACAACAACAACAACAACAACAACCCACCACCCACCACCCAAGAAUUUACACUGGUCUCAACCUCUUCAAGGAAAGUUAAUCAAUAAACUAAUUAACUGCUUUGCAAGCUCUGUAAUUAAUAGAUCAAAAGUAUUAGCGCCCGGGCUCUGACAUUGCUAAGAGCUCGCGUGCAAGGAGGCGGAACUGCAAGAUUCUUCAGAGUUGAUUUUUUUUUCUUCUUUUUUUACGAUGAUGAUUUAAUUUGUGUUUUUGCACCAAAAAAAAAAAAAUCGGGAUUUUUUAUUUUUUUUUUUUAAGAUUUGGAGGAUCCUGGUUCAAGCAUCCAGAGCCACCAAUCAGCCUCUGCUCCCUUUGUUUGGUUCGCCGCUGGGCAGUGUUGGGACCGUAGUUAAGGCUGGGAUUGUGUUCUCGCUUCUUCCGCUGGGGCUGGGUAGGCGAUUCGAAGCUCGCCCCCCAGAUUCGCCCCUUUGGACCAAUGAAGGAACCCGAUGCCAUUAAACUUUUCAUCGGGCAGAUCCCACGGAAUUUGGAGGAGAAGGAUCUCAAGCCCAUCUUUGAGCAAUUUGGGAAGAUCUACGAGUUGACAGUGAUUAAGGACAAAUACACGGGCAUGCACAAAGGAUGCGCAUUCCUGACCUACUGUGCUCGAGAAUCAGCCCUUAAGGCGCAGAGCGCCCUGCACGAGCAGAAGACGCUCCCAGGGAUGAACCGGCCAAUCCAGGUGAAGCCAGCAGACAGUGAAAGCAGAGGAGAAGACCGGAAGCUGUUUGUGGGGAUGCUGGGCAAGCAGCAGACGGACGAGGACGUCAGGAAAAUGUUCGAGCCCUUUGGGAACAUUGAUGAGUGCACAGUGCUGCGGGGGCCAGACGGCACCAGCAAAGGGUGCGCCUUCGUGAAGUUCCAGGCCCACGCCGAGGCUCAGGCCGCCAUCAACACACUGCACGGCAGCCGGACAUUGCCCGGCGCCUCCUCCAGCCUGGUGGUGAAAUUCGCCGACACGGAGAAGGAGCGGGGCCUGCGUCGGAUGCAGCAGGUGGCCAGCCAGCUGGGCAUGUUCAGCCCCAUUGCCCUGCAGUUCGGGGCCUACAGCGCCUACACCCAAGCACUAAUGCAGCAGCAGGCAGCCCUGGUCGCUGCUCACUCCGCCUACCUCAACCCCAUGGCCACCAUGGCGGCCGUCCAGAUGCAGCAGAUGGCCACCAUCAACCCCAACGGCCUCAUCGCUACGCCCCUCACGCCCCUCACCCCCUCCUCAGGUACCAGCACGCCGCCCGCCAUCGCCGCCACCCCCGUGUCCGCCAUCCCGGCCACGCUCAGUGUCAACGGCUACAGCCCGGUCCCCACGCAGACCACGGGGCAGCCGGCCUCCGAGGCCCUCUACACCAACGGGGUCCACCCGUACCCAGCUCAGAGCCCAGCCGCCCCCGUGGACCCCCUGCAGCAGGCCUACGCCGGGAUGCAGCACUACACAGCCACCUACCCUGCUGCCUACGGGCUGGUGAGCCCGGCCUUCCCCCAGCAGCCGGCCAUCCUCACGCAGCAGCCGCCCCCCCAGCAGCAGCAACGGGAAGGCCCGGAGGGCUGUAACAUCUUCAUCUACCACCUGCCCCAGGAGUUCACUGACUCCGAGAUCCUGCAGAUGUUCCUGCCCUUUGGGAACGUCAUCUCUGCCAAAGUUUUCGUGGAUCGGGCGACCAAUCAGAGCAAAUGCUUCGGGUUCGUAAGUUUUGACAAUCCCGCCAGUGCACAGGCUGCCAUCCAGGCCAUGAACGGCUUCCAGAUCGGCAUGAAGCGCCUGAAAGUACAGCUCAAGCGACCGAAAGACGCCAACCGGCCGUACUAAGGCCUCAGGUCUGGAGCUCAAUGGAGGAGGGAGCCCCUGGAUUGCCCCCACCAGGCCCAUCCCCCCCGCCCCCACCCAUUGCAGCUCAUCCCUAGCCAGCAGCACCGAUCCCGAGCGCCUGAUCCGCCAGCUGGGAGGAUGAAGCCGAUCGGCGGAACCGAAUGCGCCUGACUCCACCCGUCGGCCCCGGGCUGCGCCUAGCCCCACCAGCAGCCUGCAGCUUGUGGGGGGGGGGAAGGGGGCAGGCAUUUCACCUGUGAUCUCAGCCCCACCUUAUCAACAGUGGAGGGAGGGGGGAAAGGAGCCCCCUCCCCCCUCAGCACUGAUCCACCCCAGCCGUAGCCAUGAAUUCCUGCCACCAUAGCCCAGGUGGAGGGCGUGGGGGGGACAGACAGGGCACAGCCCUAGGGAAUCAGCUGGAGGACUUGAUCCUGCCCUGGAGGUGGGGGGGAAAGAGAAGGGCCCUGUCCCUGUGCCCAGCUAGAAGGCGGGGGGAAAGGGAGGGUCCAUCCUUUGAGCUUUCUUCUCACCAAACAGGACCAAAACCGGCUCCGAGUACCCGAGGCCUUUGGGGGUGGGGGGAAGCCAGACACACUGGGGAAGCUGCAGUUACAGGCUGGGCGGGGGGGAGCAGAGCCAACAGAGGGCACCACAGGCCAGAGCUGGGUGCCUUUGAGUCCAAUGGUGGGGGGCUGCCCAUGAGGGGCACCAGUAUGUCAUUUUCCUCCAUUACAGCCAGGGGCCCCGGUUCCUCCCGCUUCAAGCAGUUGGGAUCCUCCACCACCAUUCUGGCCAACCCAGGAGCCUGGGGGGACCGUGCCCAGCCCGGGGUGGGAAUGCUGGUGAUUAAAGCUGGUCUUCCCCUGCAUCCCAGAGCCUCGCCCAAGCCCACCCGGGCUCUCUUAUUGCCUCUGUUACCGCCUGGCACCGCGGAGGAGACAUGGGACGGGCGCCAUGGCUGAGGCACUUGGCCCUGGACUGGCUGAGGCCCAGAGGCAGGGGGAAGGAAAGGACCAUGCCCUCCCCACCUCUAUCCCUCAACGUGGCACCAAGGGGCAAGCCACGGGCGCUGGCACAGCUGGGGGAAGGAAAGGGUGGGCAGCAGCUCCUACACGGAGCAGGCAAGUGGGAGCUAGCCCCUGGGGAAACUGGGACACACACCCCCAGCCUCCAUAGGGCUGAUGUCCCACCUCCACUCCCCUGCCCAUCAAGGCAGGAAGUUUCAGACACACUAAGCCCCCUGCCCCAUGCACAAUCAGCUCCCUAAGUCCACAGCCCAGACAUAGCCCCCUUCGUGGAUUUCCAGGCCACAGGCACUGCUUCAUUUCCACCCACUUAUUCCGCCAUGUGGAUUUUCUCCUCCUUUAUGGUUAAAAAUUUGCUGUUUUCAAAUCCUGGCCGGGGCAGGAAGAGCCAGAGAAGCCAAUUCCAUCUCCCGCCAUGCCCCAUUGAGAGCCACAAUGUCCUUUGGGUGGCAGAAGGCAAAGAAACUCUCUGUGCACCAUCAGGAGCAAGAAUUCUGAUUCAGGAUACAGCCCCAAGAGCCCCCAAACGGGUGCCGGCUGCCCCUUGACCUGCCGCGGCAUCUCCUCCCCCUCCGGCCUCGGCUCAUUUCCCGUUUCCCUUGUUCCACACAGCAGCCCUCUGAAAAAUCCAGCCCUGAGCUUGAAACCAAGCUCGGUGCCCUGGGAGGCAGCCCUGAGCCUGCGACGGUUUAGGCUUGGGAGCAACUGCACGCUCAAAAGUGAUACUUCUGCUGUCAUAGCCCCUGGCGCCUCCGACUGAGAUCAGGGCCCAUUGUGCCAGGCGCUGCACAGACACAGUGAGCAACAGCCCCUUCCUGGAAGACUUUAUUAAAGAGUGGGAGGGGAAACCGAGGCACAGAGUGGGGACAUGACUUGCUCACAGUCACGGGCAGAGACAAGACCAGAACCCAAGUGUUCUGACUCCUAGUCCAGCCUCCAAGCCACUGGGUCAGGCUGCUCCCCAAAGCAGGCCCAGCUGUAAAGUUACUCCAGCAAGAGAUUGCAGGGUGGCUGCUCCCCUUCUCUCACAGCUCCCGGUUAGAAAUUACGCUUCUCUUGGCCUUAGUUCUCCUCUCCAGGCAUUUUUGUUUUGAGGCCCUCCCCAUCUGGCAAUUGUAAAAUAGCAUGAUAAUCUACAUGCUGACCAACCUCUCAUCUCUACCGCGCUCUGAACUCAACCUAUACCACGUGAAAGAGAAGAAGAAGAAGAAAAACUAUGUUUACAGUCUCCUGCUAAUCCAGUAAUUGUAAAUAAUUUCGUUGAGAUUAGCUGUGAUCCAAAAGGAUUCAAGUUGCUGCCAUUUUCUCCUCUCCAAUUUUAGAGAAUUUUAAUGGUUUUUCUUUAUUUUUUUUUCUUUUUAUUUGGAGGGGGGGUGAGAGGGAGGGGGUUUAUUACCAGGUACUUUUAUUUAGAGGGGAAAAAGAUACAACUUUUAGUGGGGAAAAAGAAAAGAAAAGUUGAAGUCUAUGUUUCAGACGAUAUCGAUGCUUAACUUAUUUGUUAUUUAUUGCCAUUUACUUUAAAUAAUUUAAUUUUUUUUCUGUCUAAAUAAAAGAAGUAAAAUCAAAGAAAGGGCCCUGUGGCUGGG